AUGCUUGAGAUGCUGCAGAAGCAAGACUACUGUGUUGCAGCAGUCUAUAGCAGUAUAAGUGUUGAGAACCAAGACAUGUGCAUCAACACCUUCAAUCAGAAUCUGUCACUGUCUGGAGAUGAGACUGAUGCCAGUCCAGGUGUCCUGAUCAGCACUCUAGAGAUUCUAGAUAUAGACUACAUCUGUAUUUGUGCCUUCCAACUUAUCCUGCUGAGCCCAAGCUGGUUGGAGAGGAAUGAGGCCCAGGGCAAGGCACACAUUCACCACUAUGGGCAGAUGAACAAGGCCAUGUACACCUACCACCUGGUGUACAGAGAUGUCCAGGUCAAAAGUAAUAUUCUUGACUGGCAGGCAAUGCAGAAGAGUUUCAAUAAACUGGCAAUGUUGCUGCAGAAAGAGGCUGGUAUAGUUCAAGACAUGAUUAAUCUGGAUACAGUAUGA